UUUGCGAUUGUUUUGACAGCGCACACAAUCACACACGAUUUGUUUUGUUUUGGUUUUGGUUGCCGGGAAAUCUAGCAAGCGACACAACUACGGCAACACGCGCAAUCCAAGAUAUCCACCGACCAUGACCGAUGGCAGUGCGGAGGAAGCGCAGAGGGCUUUGCUGAAAAAUGGCCUCCAAAAGCAGCUGGAAGAAUUUCAAAUGCUUUCGGCAAUUUUCUGCAAUCCCGGCGAGCUUCACGUGGACGAUUACGGCUGCAUCGACAAUCUGACCAGCUACAUCAACGGGGAAACUCUUCGACUGACCAACAAACUGGACUACCGGUUCGAUUUGCCACUGCUACCGAACCAAAAGGUACAGAUUCUGGUGGAACUUCCGCAUCUCUAUCCGGCGCUGGAAAUACCGCGGAUCGUCAUUCGGUCGGCAGUGAUCCCGCGCGAUCAGGAACGCAUGCUCACCAGCAAGAUCGAGCAAUACAUUGAGCAGGAGGUAGUGGAACGAGACGAACCGUACGUCUAUCAGGUGGUUGGCUGGAUACAGGACAACUUUGCCGAACUGAUGCAACAAACCGCUGACAGGAAGGAAUCAACCCAAACUGCUCCACACGGCAAACGCUCCGGCCCCGGCACCGAACGGAUCGUGUUCGAACGCUUAUGGAUAUACUCGCAUCAUCUCAAAAGCAAAACGAAACGUCAAACCAUCAUCAAAACUGCGCGCGAUCUGAAGCUGACCGGAUUUUCGCGACCCGGCAAACCGGCCAUCAUUUGCGUGGAGGGACAGCAGACCGAUACGCAAGAGUUUUGGCGCACGAUAAAACCUCUCAAAUGGCAGAAGAUACAGAUCAAGUUUAGCGAAACAGAAUCGGUGAACAGCGAAAACGAAAUGGCGGCGUUGCGGCACUUUGAGUCCGGGUUCCGGGAGGAACUUUUCUGCGAGAUGGACGAAGAUUCCGAUACGGAUGAUCAGCCGAUGAGCAUGAGUUUGUUUAUGAAGUUUCUGGACAAGCACGACUGUGGCUACAUCAAGAAGGAACUGUUUGGAUUUCAAACUGCGAGCGAAAGUGCGUUCAGCUAGCCACGGUUAAACGGCGGGGACGGGCCAAACGUUUCCAUGAUUGUUACCAUUUGCGAGACCAUCCAAUAAACACUUGUUACCAAGGUUGUUGACCCGACCCAGCAGCA